AUUCAAAUGAGGAGGGAAAUGAGUAACAUUGUGCAAUUGGAUAGAGACCUUGGCUCGAUGUGGCGGGAAAGUGUCCGUACGGCUCUCAACUAACACACUCUCAUAUACUAAAACCAUAACUCUACUCCAAGCCCCAUACCCCUCUCUCUCUUCCAUUCGUGCCCUCGAUCAUUUUAUUAGACCCCUUUCUUCGAACUUCACUAGCUCUCUCUGAAGAAUCUAGGGUUUCUUCUUUCCAGGGUGAAAAUGGCCGAUGUAUUUGAAGAGGAAGCUGAGCCUACGGUUUCAAUCCAAGAGUAUCUGAAGGGUGUUGAGGAACAGGAGCUGGAAGCGGAUUUGGUUUUGGGCGGCGAUGAGGGUAAGGAAUGCACAUAUGCCAGUGGUUACAUGAAGAGGCAGGCGAUUUUCUCAUGUUUGACUUGCAGCCCAGAUGGGAAUGCUGGGGUUUGCACGGCCUGUAGCUUGUCUUGCCAUGAUGGCCAUGAGAUCUUGGAAUUGUGGACGAAGAGAAAUUUCAGGUGUGAUUGUGGGAAUUCAAAAUUUGGGGAGUUCUUCUGCAAGCUUUUUCCAAAUAAAGAUAUAGAAAAUGUGGAAAAUUCAUACAAUCAUAACUUCAAAGGUUCAUACUGCACAUGUGGUCGUCCUUAUCCUGAUCCAGAUGUUGAAGAGCAAGUAGAGAUGAUUCAGUGCUGUAUCUGUGAGGACUGGUUUCAUGAGGAGCAUCUUGGUCUGGGGUCUUCUGAUGAGAUUCCAAGAGAUGAAGAAGGAGAGCCUCUGUACGAGGAUUUUAUCUGUCCUGCUUGCUCAGAAGUUUGUUCUUUCCUGACCCUUUAUCCUCAAAACAUUUGGGCAGCAGUUAGGCAGCCUGAUGCUGCUAAUACAGCCAAAGAAAAAAAUGUGUUGGAAGACAUGCCUUCAGCUUGUGGAUCCUCUGGGGAGUUUGAGAAUGCUGUUUGUUUGUCUGGCUCUUCUCCCAAACCGGACAUUGCUGUAACCAAUGUUGAUACUGAAGCUGUGUCAGUUGGGAAGAGUGAGUUGCUUGUAGGAAAUUUUGAGAGUAAUAUGGGCUUAAAUCAGUGCAUCCAAGGUGCUGGGCCAAGUUCCACAUGUCUUAUUGGAGUUGAUCUGGCUGUAGCUCCGCCUGUUUUAGAAAAUAGUAAACCAAUGUUCCUUUCAAAAAACUGGAGAGACAUCAUUUGCAGAUGCGAUAAAUGUGCAGAUUUCUACAAGCAGAGGAGAAUUAGUUUUUUGCUGGACAGGGAGGACUCGAUUGCGGAGUAUGAGAAAAUGGCAAAGCAGAGGAGGGAUGAGAAGUUGCAGCAACAAGAGGGUGUUGAGUUGAACUUUCUUAAUAAGCUUGGUCAUGUAGAGAAAAUAGAGAUUCUGAAUGGCAUUGCCGACAUUAAGAAUGAGAUUCAUUCUUUCCUGGAGUCCUAUGACCCAUCAAAGCCAAUCACAUCUGCUGACGUUCACCAGGUUUUUGAGAAUCUUGCAAAGAAGCGGCGUAUGCUUUAAGUUAUUCCUUGAAUCUUAUUACAUGUAUAAACUGCCAGUUCUCUCUAGUUAGUUUCGAAGUUUGUCCCCGGUUCAUAGACAUCCAAAAAGCAUGUAUGGUUUUGCUGUUUUUAGAAACAUAAGGAUUUUACUUGGCCUGCUUUUCUUGUUUGGAGCUUUGGACAUGUAGAAUUAUGUGAUUAAUGAUGAUAACAAUCUUCUAGCACUCGUACAAUUUCACUUGUGGAGGUGCUAUGUUUAUGAAGACCUAUGGAACCCAUGACAAGUUGAUGGUCUAAUGUCAUCUAUAUGAGAACCUGGUUUUGAUCCUA